CUGGGCGCGAGGGUGGCGGGGAUGGAGACCCUGGCCCGGUCCGCCCCGCUCCUCCCGCUGCUGCUGGGUCUGGGGGCUGCCCGCCUGCCGGAGGGCCGGACCAGGUGGCACUCGCCGUACUAUCUCACCACCGGAGUGACCCGGCCCGGCCUCGGGGUGUCUGAGUUCACGUCCGUGGGCUACGCGGACGACGUGCAGUUCGUCAGGUUCGACGGCAACGGGGGACGGGGACGGGCGGAGCCGCGGACCCCGUGGAUCCGUGACAACGGAGGACGGGAAUACUGGGACCAGGAGACAGAGAUCUUCAGGAGCGGGGCGCGGAAUUUUCGCGUGGGCCUGCGGAACAUCAUGGGCUACUACAACCGGAGCGAGGAAGGGUCUCACACCGUUCAGGGGCCGUACGCCUGCCAGCUGCAGGAGGACAACACCACCGGCGAAGGGUUCAUGCAGUACGGCUACGACGGACGGGAUGACCUCGCGCUGGGCAAGGCCACGCUGAGCCGGACGGCGUUGGACGCCGGGGCCCUCAACACUUAGCGCAAGUGGGAGGCCGACGGGACCAUCGCCGAGCGACACAAAGCCUAUCUGGAGGGCGAGUGCAUCGCACGGCUCCGGAGAUACCUGGGGUUCGGGGGGCCCGGCCUCGCCCGGGCAGCUACUACCCUGGUCAAUUCCCCCAUCAUACUGUGGCUAGACUAUUACAUCUGCCUCCUUGCUGAUGUCCCUGAUUUCAGCCUCUCCACUCUCCUCUUCAGCUGCUGCAAUGGAUCAUCUUCUUGA